UUAUCGAAGAGAUACGAAGAACCGUACAGCUGAAAUUAUGGCAAAGUUUUUGGCAACAAUUAAGGCGAUAAUUACGCGUCUGGUGUUCGCGUCACACGGAUUUAUCGCUAUCUGGCAGGUAACGACAUUCAAGAAGAACCCGUUUUUCUGGUACCUCAGCUGCCCGAUCUUGUUGCUGUUCUUCGAGGGUAUUUUCACGCUUACCAUAAAGGAAAAUCAGGAAUGGAAGUGGUUUUGUCCGUCUGUGUUUCUCUAUCUCAGCAGCGUGGUACCCGCGAUCUGGCUGCUGGAGCUCGACAAGGUGGACAGGAGACUGAAGUCUCGCGAAUCGGAUAUCAACAUAUCCGAGAAUUUCGAUUUGUCCAAUUUAGCAGCUGGCGAUUUGAAACAUUUAGAAGAAGCCUUGGGCGUUGAUAUUCAAUUACCCGACAUACAGAUUUCGACAGAAACAUGGGUCACUCUGAUCGAACAGUUUUUAAUGCUGAUCCUGAUAAUCGGUCGGUGGAUGUUGCCGAAGGGAGACUUAACUCGCGAUCAGCUAAGUCAGCUUUUGUUGGUCUACAUUGGCACAGCGGCUGAUAUCAUCGAAUUCUUCGACUCCUUCAAAGAAGACAAAAUAGCGCGUGAACCCGUGCUUGUUUAUCUGACUCUGGGCAUCUGGGCUUGGUCUUUGAUGCAAUUCACAGUUGUGCUAACUGCCACCAAGUCGAGAAAGUCCCGAUUGUCGUCCGGUACCGUCGCCAGAAAAAAGAUUCGCUCAACGGAGACCAGUUGUUGCAGCAUCGACGUGUGGGGAAUCGCCCUGAACAUGAUUCUUCAAGACGGACCGUUUCUGGCGUUCCGUUUGAUAUUGAUAAUUCAUUACCGAAUAGUUAGUUAUAUGAAUAUAUUCUUUACGUGUAAGAACACGCUGGUGAUAUUGCUGCAAUUGUAUCGACUUUACGUGGUACAAAGUGAGAACAAGAACAAACGGACAAGCAAGAAACGUAAAAUAGAGAUGUCGAACAUCAGCAUUAUUUCUCGAGGCGACAUGUACAGGGACGCGAGGGUGCGAAGUUCGCGAGAUGAUAAGUAUAGAAGACGACGCGAUAAGGACGUGGAAGCGAAUUAUAGCGAAAGCGAAGAAUCAUUGGAAGAUGUCGACAAAUUCGACUUAUCUCCAAAGAAUGUUGCUCGUUUCAAACGAAAAAACCGCCAAGAUACCGGAUACUCGACAUCGAGCUCUCGCAAUUCCAGCAAACAUGAUAGAUCGCGAAAACGCGAAGGAAAAAAAUCGUCGCAUAGGGAGGAAACGAGACGCGGCGCUUCCGAAGACGAGAAGCGCAAGAGAAGGGGAGACAAAAAAUAUUCGGAGACAGCCGAGAAAAAGUCGAUGAAAAAACGAGAUAACAAUGAUUCCGAUAAGAGCUCCGAUCGAAAGUUCGACAGUGAAAAUGAAUCGUCCAACGAGGAAUUGACCGAAAGUAAGACCGUCAGCGAGGACAGCGAAUUGGAAUUCGACAGAAAGAGCACUCAUAAAUAUAAACAUCGAAAGCGGAGGCAGGACAGAGACUGACAACGACAGAUGAGCAUUGUAGCAUUGUUAUUAAUCUAUUCCGCAAUUCUAGUCGUUUGUAUUCUUCUUUUACACGCUGAAAUCAACGGCGGCGUGGUGCUAAUCACGAAAACGGAACGCUCUCAUCGUAAAGAUUCGACGUAAUUAAGUUUUAUAAAUAUAAACAAGAGAAUUUGUUUAUGUAUGUUAUCGGAGUGAAGUAAAAUAUUUUUUACUCUCUUAUAUACAAGUAAAUUUUUGUUUGCAUUUCUGUAUGUACGCGCACACGUAAUAUAUGUGUGUAAGUAUAUAUAUAAUGUACAUAAAUAAUAUUUAAUUAGUUGGAAAAAACGGCUUGAUAAUUCAAAAUAAAAUUAGGAUAUUUUUAAUCUUUUUAAAAAGAAAUCACUACCACCUGUGGACUAUUGA